CGGUCCGGGCGGCACGGGCCCCGGGCCCCGCGGGCGCCGCUGGGGAUCAUGUCUACAGCCUCCGCCGCCUCCUCCUCCUCCUCGUCUUCUGCCAGUGAGAUGAUCGAAGCCCCGUCCCAGGUCCUUAAUUUUGAAGAGAUCGACUAUAAGGAGAUCGAAGUGGAAGAGGUUGUUGGAAGAGGAGCCUUUGGGGUAGUUUGCAAAGCUAAGUGGAGAGCAAAAGAUGUUGCUAUUAAACAAAUAGAAAGUGAAUCCGAGCGGAAAGCUUUUAUUGUAGAGGUAAAUGUUAUAGCUCUGGUUAAUUUCAAUAUGCGUUUCCUUCAGGUGUGCCUUGUGAUGGAAUAUGCUGAGGGGGGCUCUUUAUAUAAUGUGCUGCAUGGUGCUGAACCAUUGCCAUAUUACACUGCUGCCCACGCGAUGAGUUGGUGUUUACAGUGUUCCCAAGGAGUGGCUUACCUUCACAGCAUGCAACCCAAAGCUUUAAUUCACAGGGACCUGAAACCACCAAAUUUGCUGCUGGUUGCUGGGGGGACAGUUCUGAAAAUCUGUGAUUUUGGUACAGCCUGUGACAUUCAGACACACAUGACCAAUAACAAAGGGAGUGCUGCCUGGAUGGCACCUGAGGUGUUUGAAGGUAGCAAUUACAGUGAAAAGUGUGACGUCUUCAGCUGGGGUAUCAUCCUGUGGGAAGUAAUAACACGUCGGAAACCCUUUGAUGAGAUUGGUGGCCCAGCUUUCCGCAUCAUGUGGGCUGUUCAUAACGGUACUCGACCACCUCUAAUCAAAAAUUUACCUAAGCCCAUUGAGAGCCUGAUGACUCGUUGUUGGUCUAAAGACCCUUCCCAGCGCCCUUCCAUGGAGGAAAUUGUGAAAAUAAUGACUCACUUGAUGCGGUACUUUCCAGGAGCAGAUGAGCCAUUACAGUAUCCUUGUCAGUAUUCUGAUGAAGGACAGAGCAACUCUGCUACCAGUACAGGCUCAUUCAUGGACAUCACUUCUACAAAUACCAGUAAUAAAAGUGACACUAAUAUGGAGCAAGUUCCUGCCACAAAUGAUACUAUUAAACGCCUAGAAUCAAAAUUGUUGAAAAAUCAAGCAAAACAACAGAGUGAAUCUGGACGUUUAAGCUUGGGAGCCUCCCGUGGGAGCAGUAUAGAAAGCUUGCCCCCAGCUUCUGAGGGCAAAAGGAUGAGCGCUGAUAUGUCCGAAAUUGAAGCCAGGAUCGCUGCGACCACAGCCUAUUCCAAGCCUAAACGGGGCCACCGUAAAACCGCUUCAUUUGGCAACAUUCUGGAUGUCCCUGAGAUCGUCAUAUCAGGCAACGGACAACCAAGACGGAGAUCUAUCCAAGACUUGACUGUUACUGGAACAGAAACUGGUCAGGUGAGCAGUAGGUCAUCCAGUCCUAGUAUCAGAAUGAUCACUACCUCAGGACCAACCUCAGAAAAGCCAACUCGAAGUCAUCCAUGGACCCCUGAUGAUUCCACAGAUACCAAUGGAUCAGAUAACUCAAUCCCAAUGGCUUAUCUUACACUGGAUCACCAGCUACAGCCUCUUGCACCGUGCCCUAACUCCAAAGAAUCUAUGGCAGUGUUUGAACAGCAUUGUAAAAUGGCACAAGAAUAUAUGAAAGUUCAGACAGAAAUUGCAUUGUUAUUACAGAGAAAGCAAGAACUAGUUGCAGAAUUGGACCAGGAUGAAAAGGACCAGCAAAACACAUCUCGUCUGGUACAGGAACAUAAAAAGCUUUUAGAUGAAAACAAAAGCCUUUCUACUUACUACCAGCAAUGCAAAAAACAACUUGAGGUCAUCAGAAGUCAACAGCAAAAGCGACAAGGCACUUCAUGAUUCUCUGGGAUUGUUAAAUUUUAAAAUAUGCAAAGAAAGACUUUUUUUUUAAGAAAAGAAAAACCCUAUGAAAACUCAUGAGGGUUAGCUUUUUUGGUGUGUUCUGAAUGCCAACUGCCUAUCUUUGCUGCAUUGUUACGUCGUUUAUUUUCUUCCCAUGUCCUAUAUGCAAGUUCACUCUCUCAUUGAAUCACGUGAUGGUAUCUGUGACUUGGAUACACAGCAGUUCUCAACUUCAGAACAGAUGCAGUGAACUGUGGCUGUAUAUGCAUGCUCAUUGUGUGAGGCUAGCCUAAGCAAACAUGGGGAAUCAUACUAUCUGCCACAUGCAAACAUCAUCCUUAUUUGUUCCCCUGUUGGAGGUAGAACCUUAAGAAUGGUGUGGUUUUUGUAU